AAAUGCAAUAAUAAUAUAUGUUGCUAUGACAGUUAAGAUCCUUCUGUCUCUAUAAACUGACACUGAACACAUACAUUACAUCUUUCUACUCUUACAAUUUGCUGUAGGGUUAUGGAACAGGUCGAAAGCAAAGUAUUAAUUAUUCCCCGUUGUAUGUAUACCAUGCCAACAUACGAAUGUAAUGUUUACAAUAUGUAGCUUUUCAUGUGAUUGACUCGGUUCAUGACUGUGGGUGGGUCCAGUGCAGUGGGUAGUCCGUAGUCAUUUUUAGUCAGUUGGUCCAGACUGUAGACUUUGGGGGAGGGCAGAGGAAAUGGAAGUUUAAAACUCCCCCUGUAUCCCACUCUGCAUUCCAACCCCUGUCUUUCUCUAAAUUUUGGAGACCGAGUGCGGGAGAAAACGAAGAGUAGAGGGGGAGGAGAUUGGCAUCUGUGAGAAAAGCCCGAUUGCAGUAGAAGACGAGGCUAUUGAGGGUUACAGAACCAGCCACUUGGCCCCAGGAACUGAAAUUUGCAAUCUAAGGUUUGCUCCUCUUCGUACAAGACCCGUGGGUGUGGCCUCAGUGGAAGCUCCCAGCAGCAGCCAUCAUGGUUCUCCUGCUCAUGUCUGUGACUGUGCUGCAUCUGCUCACUCUGGCCAUGCUGUUCAUCGCUACCAUGGAGAAGUCCUGGUGGGUCUGGACCGAUGCUGAGAUCACAGACCUCUGGUAUAACUGCAUUCAUGACAACACAACGGGAAACUGGCUGUGUGCUGCCUCCAAUGAAAAUGACUGGUUGCAGGCUGUCCAAGCCCUGAUGGUCUUCUCUGUGGUCUUCUCCUCUAUCUCCUUCCUGGUCUUCCUGGGUCAGCUCUUCACCUUGUCUAAAGUCGGGCUCUUCUAUUUCACUGGCCUUUGUCAGGUCUUCGCAGGUUUCACAUCAUUUGCCGCCUCGCUCAUCUUCACGUUCCACCGUAAGGAGAUCCUGGAGGACUCUAGAGACCUAAGCAUGGGUCACUUUGGCUACUGCUUCAUCCUGGCAUGGUCCUGUGUACCCCUCCUGCUCUUCAGUGGAGUUCUGUAUGUCCACCUGCGCAAGAAGCAGUGAGCCAAGACAGACGUGAGGUCAAUCAGCAGCAUCAUUCAAUAUUACUUGGUACUGUUAUCCUGUUAUCACUCGACUGUGGUGAACAACAACAGAGACGUGAUGAAAGAGAGGUUUUUAUUUUCUCUGUAAUAGAUUUCCAAUGGGAUUUACAUACACUACAUGACCAAAAGUAUGUGGACACCUGCUCAUCGAACACCUCAUUCCAAAAUCAUGGGCAUUAAUAAUAUGGAGUUGGUCCCCCCCCUUUGCUGCAAUAACAGCAUCAACUCUUCUGGGAAGCAUUUCCACUAUAUGUUGAAACAUUGCUGGAGGGACUUGCUUCCAUUCAGCCACAAGAGCAUUAGUGAGAUCCGGCACUGAUGUUGGGCAAUUAUGCUUUGCUCACAGUCAGCAUUUCAAUUCAUCCCACAGGAGUUAGAUGGGGGCUCUGUGCAGGCCAGUCAAGUUCUUCCACACUGAUCUCGACAAAGCAUUUCUGUAUGGACCUUGCUUUGUGCACAGGGUCAUUGUCAUGCUGAAACAGGAAAGGGCCUUCCCCAAUCU